AUGGUCGAUUCGACAGCCACGGGUACGCCACCAGUUCAAAAGAAAACUCUCCCCGUGGAGUGCCUCAAACGUCUACAGAAGUUUGACGAGGCUCUGACUGCGCUUGAAGUGGCCAUCGCUCCGAUUCUCCAAGUUAGCUUUGAUGAUCACAUGAAGCGAUCAGCGCUAGGAUUGGUACGAGUCGAUGUAAUGACAAUGUUUGUUAUGAAUUCAUUGGGAUGGUGCUUAGCGGCUCUACGAGGAUUGGAUCCAAAAGACGAUGUUCAGUUAGGAGAUGAGCUGCGACGUACAAAACAGUACGUGGAACGAUUGAAAUCAAUCGAAACCCGAAAGAGCGCUCCUGGUCUGAAUAAACGGGUUGCAAAAGUAGGCAUUCGUCAGGAACGCGUUAUGGGAAGGUACCCAGUAAACGCCCAAGAGGAGGAUUUACCGGAGGGAAGCAAUACAGGAGAGUCAGAUAAAACGUUUUGCAUGAUUAAGGAUUCCGACAAUGAGGAGGACAUCGAGCAUAAUUCGGUUUCCGAUAACGACGAUUAUGAACGUGAUGAUGAGAUGGAACCUGCGAUGCCGCCUGUCGCUGAAGAACCUACUUAUACAGUCGCGAAUGUCAAAUUUGAGGAUUCCGACAAUGAGGAGGACAUCGAGCAUAAUUCGGUUUCCGAUAACGACGAUUAUGAACGCGAUGAUGAGAUGGAACCUGCGAUGCCGCCUGUCGCUGAAGAACCUACUUAUACAGUCGCGAAUGUCAAAUUUGAGGAUGAAGUUCCACAGCGGCCCGCAAGAGUGAAAACCGGACGAAGAAAAUAA